CGUAUACGAAAGAGAGGUGUUCAAUAUAGCAGGGUAAUGUAAAGCCUAGGACAUGGCGAUUUUUGCGCAGGUUCAAGUGAGUUGAAAUCGGACCAUACCGUAUGCAUGCGAAGCUUACUGUAAUUUAUCAUAGUACAUGUGCGAUGAACUCUUCUUCAAGCGCAGCCAUUUCCGAUGGAACAAGUAGGACAAAAAUACUCUUUCUGGGCAUGAGAAGGAGUGGAAAGACCUCCAUACUCCAAGUCCUCUUCAAUGAUCUCCCAGUUAAACAGACCUUUUACCUCGAGCCCACCAUGCGCGUUGCAAAGCAUUAUAUUGACACCGUCAUUCCGUUGGAGAUAUGGGACUGUCCAGGAAACACCACCGUCAACACACUCGGCGCAUCUCUCGCCGAUUUCUCAACUAUAGUCUUUGUCAUAGACAUUCGAGAUCUCUACCAACAUCCUGUCUCAAAACUCGUAGAAUUUAUAGUCGCUGCAUGCCAAAUCAACCCAGACAUAAAUUUUGAAGUAUUCGUGCACAAAGCGGAAAGGCUUCAAGAGGACGACAAGAUAGAAAACUUCCGCCAGAUACACGAGCGCGUCAUGGACCGCCUCGUAGAUGAAUCUCCCGAAUUUGAGCAAUUCCCUCUCAAUUUUCAUCUUACCUCCAUAUAUGACCAUUCUCUUCGAGAGGCGUUCUCUCGCGUGCUUCAUAAGUUGAUUGAUUCCCUGCCAUACCUCGAAGAACUAUUAAACGUCUUUUGCUCUAACACAGCGUCUCCAAAAGCUUUCCUAUUCGACACAUCUAGUAAAAUCCACGUCGCAACCGACACCUCACCAGUAGACCAGGCUACGCACAAUCUCUGCUGCGACUACUUAUCCAUGCUCAACUCUUUUGGACCUCUCUACAGGUCCAACGCCGACGAUCCACGAAUGAGUCGGUUUUCCCCAACACAAGCACCAACGCCCCCACCCACAGCCACGACACCCACUCCCACCUAUGGUGCCACUCCUGCCGGAACACCGCCACUCACCUCAUCGACAUCUCCCGUUCCACCACCCUCAAAGCCCCACUUCUACCCCUCAGCAGCGACAUCGCUCUCACCUUCACGUCCAGGAACUACGCUCACGUACCACCUUGUCACACCGCACCUCGCAUUGCUGGCACUCCUUCCGACGACGGUGUAUGAUAUGCGCAGGGGUUUGGUAGAGUGGAACGUCGUGUGGUUUAGGGAGGGCGUUAAGGAGAUAUGGGAAUCUGGGCUGCGCGGGGGUUUAGAGUCGUAGUUGGUGUUGGCUAGCGUUCCACCUUUCAAAGUGACAUUUAUUGCAGCCUGAGGUAGGGACGAUAAGAUGUAUGA